CCAGCCUCUCGUCUUCAGCAGACAACGACUACAGCACGCCGCCGACCGCUAGUCUUCGGCUUCUGUCGCAGACAACGACCAAAGCACAGCGCUUUUGCUUUGCGUACUGCCCUCCCGCUUUGUUUCCCAGCAGGGGCCGGCCUGUUAGGCAUCCCCCGGCCGUCGCGCUUUGUUCUUCUCCCCAGGACCUGCACGCCGCCGACCUCUAGUCUUCAGCCUCUGUCACAGACAAAGUCCAAAGCACGCCGCUUCGCUUCGCAUUCUGCCAUGCGAUCCCGCUUUUGGGGGUGUUAAAGCCCCCCGCCGUCACACGAUGGCCACCAUUGCACCUCCCAGCAGACCGCGACACCAUCGCGCUCUGCCUCUCGCUCUCGCUCUCGUCAACCUCUUCCGCCUCCGCUUCGUGAGCCUCAUUAUACUUCCCAGCAGGCCGCAAGCAUGGCCCCGACAACAGCGCGCGUGCGCUCGCGCUCUCGGUCUCGUCCGCCACCUCCUGGGCUUCUUUCCACUCCGCACGAUGGCCGCUCCCGCACCUCCCAGCAGGUCGCGGGCGCAGCUCCGGGGACAGCUCGCCCUCGCUCGCGCUCUUGGUCUGGUCCAGUUCCUCCGCCUCCGCCUCCGCCUCCGCCUGCAGCAAAUGGCGGCGGUCUGAAUUGGAAUCUCGUCGGUAGUCGCAGGCGGUAUGCUAUCGGACUACUGACUAUCCUUGUCCUGCUCUGUGCUUGGGGCUGGCAGGUGACCAACAACGUCCGUCUCUACAUGGAUGCCCCGCCCCCAUUAUACCUCGCUCGGUAUCCCCCUUCUUGCGAGCCGACCUUCCACCAUCAUCCGUACCUGGCGCCACUCUUCGGCAUUCCGCAACGUUACAGGAACCUCACAUAUCCUUUGGGCAUCGUUGAGAAACACUACAAGACGAUAAAUAAGUGCUGGCACCCUGACAAGGCCGCCAUGCAGCGCCGGUACGGCAUCGGGCCUAAGGAGAUGGAAGAGAUCCGGGCUAUAUACCAAGACGGCUUCGAGAUCGCCAAAGCAGGACCAGUGGUUGUGAAAACGGUUAAGAAAAGGCCAUGGGAAGUCGUGUCCUACGAGAAGCUUCCCAUCCAACACUCAGAACUAUUCAGGAAUGCAACGGCCAAGCUCCCUCACGUUCCCCGCCACAGUGGAGACUGCUUCUGCGGCCUCAGCGAGGCCUUGGUUGGCUUUGCUAGGGCUUCCAUCACUCCCUACUACAAGCUGCCUGACAACAUCUACCCGCCGCCGCCGAAUGUGACCGCUCCUGCCGUUUCUUCCGCCGUCCCGACUUGUCCGCUGUGUACUGUCAAGCGUGCGUACAGUGCCACAGUAUACUUCUUUGACCACCUACCCCCGCCAGGACAUCCAUUCUGGGACUCCGAUGAGGUGGUGAACUCGUGGUCGCCGAUAGACAUGUACGCUCUGUUUCGAUAUAGCGGUGAAAGCAUGCUGUGGUGGUUCUCAGAGCCAUCGUGGGAGGACAAGGUACAAUGGGCGAGGCAGGGGUGGACCGGCGGGUGGAAUCAUGUCACCUUGGAUCCCAAAUUCAAUGCGUUGCCCCUAGAGGAGCGGAUGGAAUUGCACCAGGAGGAGUAUGUGGAGGUGACAUGGGUUGACGAAGAUUGACAAGUGGCUCAUGGGAAGGCAGAGUGGACAGUAUGCACGAACAAGUCUGCAAGGACUUGAUUGAGCAUCGUUGAUACGGUAAAGGGAUACGUUUCAAAUUACAAAUUGUCCUUUAGCAUCAGUUCACAUGUGAAAAUUG